AUGAGAAAUAUUAAAAGAGCAGACUGGUAUACAUUCCACACUGGGAUGAUAACAGGAAUGCUUGAUUUACCGGUAAACUCUAAUUACAAUGAGUUUUUGGAGGUAGUUAAUCAAGUAGCAGAUAACUCAAUUCCCUAUAAAAACUGUAGAACACAGGGUAAACCUUCAAAUCCGUGGUGGGAUGAAGAAUGUUCACUUUGGAUUAAAAGCCGCAAACAGGCAAUUCAAAACUUUAAACAAUAUGUUUCCUUAGAGAACUAUAUAAACGCUAAACUUCAUAAAGUAACUUUUACAAAAAGGAGGAAAUUAUCGUUGGUGCAUAUUAUUGAUUUCCAGACAUUUGUCCAAAUAACGGUCUUGGAUAAAAAUGACAGUCCACCGUCCUUCAAAGACGCUCCCUUGCACUUUUCCGUUUCGGAAGAUCUUGGUCCUGGCCAGUCUAUCGCGACGAUCAAAGCCGAAGAUCCAGAUACGAUUGGAUCUCUGGAUUACAGUCUCCUUAAAGGCGACGAUGGAAAAUUUUCUUUGGACAAAACCACUGGAGUAUUGCGCUUGAUAGAUUCUCUGGACAGGGAAACUAAAGACGUCUACAAGUUGUUGGUGAGAUGCAGUGAUGGAAAUCAGUUUACAGAUACUGUUGUUUCUAUUGAGGUAACAGAUACGAACGACAACCCUCCAGUUUUUCUUGAAAGCGCUUACUCCUUCGAUAUCCCGGAAAAUGCUCCUAGAGGCUCCAGAGUCGGUCAAAUUAAAGCCACAGAUCCAGAUCUGGGAAUCAACGCACAGUUGACUUAUUCUGUCAUCAGUGACUGGGCAAAUGAUGUGUUUUCCCUUAAUCCUCAAACCGGUGUAUUUACUUUGACUUCAAAAUUAGACUAUGAGGAGGUCCAGCAUUACAUCCUUGUCGUUCAAGCUCAAGACUCUGGCCAUCCUGCACUAUCAAGCACUCUAACGGUGUAUUGCAACGUCUUGGAUCUCAACGACAACGCCCCUCUUUUCGACCCAAUGUCCUAUAGCAAUGAAGUGUUUGAAAAUGUGACCAUCGGAACUGCUGUGGUGACCGUUAGUGCUACUGAUGCUGAUUCUGGAAAAAAUCGUCAAAUCGUGUAUUCAAUUACUUCUGGAAAUGAAGAAGACGAAUUCGAAAUCUUACAAAAUGGCUCUAUCGUAACGAGGAAAUUGUUGGAUAGAGAAUCACAAGCUGUUUAUAAUUUGGUGGUAACGGCAACUGAUCAAGCUGUCGCUCCGGAAAGAAGACUGUCAUCUACUGUACAGGUUACAAUUCUUCUGAAGGACGUCAACGAUAUGGCUCCCGAAUUCAUCACCCCCAACGAAACGUCCGUCGCGGAGAACAUCCCCAUCAACACCGUCGUCAUGGCAAUCAAGGCAGUCGAUAAAGACGAGGGAAGAAACGGCUACAUCGAGUACUCCCUCUCGAAUGAUCCCGUAACCAAUGGGGUUUUCUCCCUGGGUCCUGUGGACGGAUUGCUGCGCGUUGGAGGAAAAAUCGACAGGGAAAUGACGAGCAACUAUACGCUAGUAGUAACAGCGAGAGAUAGAGGGGAUCCUCCGAAGAUGACCAAUAUGAAACUAUUCGUCAAAGUAUUGGACGAGAACGAUAACAGUCCUAUUUUCGAUCCUAAACAAUAUAGCGCAUCCAUAUCAGAAAACGCUUCCAUUGGCGCGAGUGUCCUACAGGUCUCUGCAACGGAUAUUGACGACAACCUAAACGGACGUGUGAGGUAUUCCAUCAGCUCAGGUGAUGCCAACAGAGAUUUCACCAUAGCUGAAGAUUCAGGUGUGGUUCGAGUAGCAAAAAAUCUCAAUUACGAGCGCAAAUCGCGCUACGAAUUGAUCGUCCGUGCCGAAGACUGCGCAGGAGAUAUAAACGGAGCAGCUGUACGUUCGGAUACCGCCAAAAUAUCGAUCUCUGUUUCUGAUAUUAACGACAAUCCUCCCACGUUCUUGGACUCACCGUACCUUGCCUACGUCAUGGAGAACACCGUCCCACCGAACGGUGGUUACGUCAUCACGGUGAAGGCUUACGAUGCUGAUACGCCACCUUUUAACAAUUUGGUGAAGUAUUUUAUCAAGGAAGGUGAUACUGAUAUCUUCAGGAUCAAUGCUUCUACUGGAGAUAUUUCGUUGUUGCGGGCGCUCGACAGGGAGAUUCAGGAUGAAUAUAUCUUGAGCUUAGUUGCCAUGGAUACUGGUUCACCCCCUUUGACCGGCACGGGUACUGUUCGAGUGGUUGUCCAAGACGUUAACGACCACAGCCCAGAGUUUAAGAGACAGUCCUACCAUGCUAUGAUUAAAGAAAAUCUACCACCUGGUACAUGGGUUUUAACAUCAGUGGCCACAGACAAAGAUAUCGGACUAAAUGGAAAGAUACGCUACAGCUUACUGGGUGAUAAAGUCGAACGGUUUAAGGUAGAUCAAAAUACUGGAGUGAUCACAACAGUCGUAUCUUUAGAUCGGGAAGAAAUUAGUUCGUAUUCUUUAACUCUAAUGGCACAAGAUUGUUCUUCGACUGAGCCAAGAGCUACUGCUGUAAAUCUAACAAUCAACGUUGCUGAUGAAAAUGACAACUCCCCUGCUUUUGAUUCCAGUAAAUAUGAAGUAUACAUCUCAGAUCAAACAAAAUCUGGACAGUUCGUUUUUGGUGCUAGAGCUGUUGAUGAAGAUUACAGUAUGAAUUCCAAAAUCACUUACCAACUGACCGGAGAACAUGCUAGAAAUUUUUCCAUUAACGAAAGAACUGGAGUUAUAAAAGCUGUGUAUGAUCUACAAAGAUCAUCAACCAGUAUAUUUAAUCUAGAAAUAGAAGCCACAGAUGGUGGAAAACCAUCAAGAAAAACUAGUACUGAACUACGAGUUUACUUAAAACCAGGACACUUCUUUCCAAGAUUCGCCACACCAACAAAAACAAAGUUUGUUUUGGCUGAAAACGUUGAAGAAGGAAAGGUUAUCGCUAGAGUUAAAGCUACAUCACCAAAGAAGGGACCAGCUGCUGAAAUAAGAUAUGCGAUAGCUGGUGGCAAUAUGGGAGAAGCUCUUAAAAUAGAGAAAAAUAGUGGUGAAAUCCAAAUAACUGGACGUGGAUUAGACUAUGAGGUAUCUCCAGUAUACGAGGUAUGGAUUGAAGCUCAAGACUCUGAUACUCCUCCACUAAGAAGCGUUCUUCAGCUAACCAUAAAUGUAACCGAUGCAAAUGAUAAUCCACCUAUAAUGAACAAUCUUCUAUAUAACGCUUCCAUUCUUGAAGAAGAGGCUCCUCCACUAUUAGUUGUUAAAGUUUCUGCAUCUGAUGCUGACUCUGGAGAAAAUGGACAGAUUACCUACAAGCUUCUAGAUGACUUUGAAGGAGCUUUCGAAAUAGAUGCAGAAAGUGGAGAAAUAUAUACCAAUACCCGUUUAGAUCGUGAAGAUAUAGCAAGUUAUGAACUCGUCGUGGAAGCUAUCGACCAAGGAAUACCUCAACUUUCUGGAACUGCAACUGUUCUUGUAACUGUCCUUGAUAAAAAUGAUAAUCCUCCUCGCUUCACAAGAUUGUUUAGUGUCAAUGUCACAGAAAACGCAGAAAUCGGUUCGUUUGUUAUUCGGGUUACCAGUUCAGAUCAAGAUAUAGGAGAAAAUGCUAACGCGACAUAUAUUUUCACUGAAAAUCCUGGUGAUAAAUUUAAAAUAGAUUCUAUUAGUGGUAAUGUAACCGUUGUAGGACACUUGGAUCGAGAACAACAAGACGAAUACAUUCUGAAAGUUGCCGCUGUAGAUGUCGCUUGGAGAUCUGAAACUCCUAUAACCAUUACAAUACAGGACCAAAAUGAUAAUGCUCCUGAAUUUGAACAGUCUUACUACAGUUUUAACUUUCCAGAACUACAACGAGCUGUAGUGUUUGUUGGGCAAGUAGCUGCUACUGAUAGAGAUAAACAAGGUCCUAAUUCUGUAAUAAGUUAUUCGUUACAACAGCCAUCUGAUCUCUUCACCGUAGAUCCAGCAUCAGGUGAAAUAUUUAGUAAAAGAAGCCUUAGAUACAAGUAUACACCCAUGGAAUCUUCACCUGAGAACACCUACGCAUUAACCAUUCUUGCUACUGAUAAUGGAAAGCCUCCUAUGUCUUCCGAAUGUCUAGUAACCAUAAACGUUGUAGACGCUAACAACAACGCACCUAGCUUUGAACAACAAGAAUAUUUGACACCAGUUCCGGAAGAUGCAAAUGGGGGGCAAGAAGUUUUAAGAGUUAUAGCCAAAGAUGAUCUUGAUGUCGGGGUAAAUGCUGAAAUAGAGUACUCCAUAUUGGGUGGUAAUGGUUCAAACAGAUUUAUGAUAGAUAAAACGAACGGUUGGAUAAAACUUAAAGAAAAGAUUUCUGGAGUGGGAACAGUUUAUAAUCUGAGAAUCCGAGCUACUGACAAAGGUAUUCCUCCACAACAGAGUGAAACUGCAGUAACCUUAAUAAUAACUGGCGAAAACAGAUUUAGCCCAGUAUUCACAGCUUUGAGUUACCAAGUAAUUGUUCCAGAAAACGAGCCUCUAGGUUCUACUAUUCUAACAGUCAGUGCUUCGGAUAGAGAUCAAGGUCCAAAUGGUAUGGUCAGAUAUCGAAUCUCAGCAGGAAACGAAAGAAAAGAGUUUUCUGUUGAUACAGUUACUGGUGCAAUAACCAUACUCCAACCACUAGACUACGACACUAUUCAAGAAUAUCGCCUAAAUAUUACAGCUGAAGAUCUUGGAUUUAAACCUCGUCGUACAACUGCAAUGUUAACAAUUACACUCACCGACAUAAAUGACAAUUCUCCUACUUUUAACCAAUCAUCUUAUGAUGCUUAUUUAUCAGAAAACUUACCUCCAGGUAGCUUUGUUUUCAAAGUAAUUGCUACAGAUAUAGACUCACCUAAAAAUGCCAUAAUCGAAUAUUCAAUCUCUGAUGGUCCUGACAAAGAAAUUUUUGACAUAAAUAAAACCACAGGUGUGAUUACCUCAAAGAUAACAUUUGAUUAUGAAGAAGAAGACAUGUACACUCUUAACGUUGUUGCUUCUAAUCCAGACUCUUCUAUGUUUAGUACCACCGUAGUUAAAGUUCAUAUAACAGGAGUAAAUGAGUUCUACCCAAGAUUUAUUCAAGCCGUAUUUCACUUUGACGUAUCUGAGUCCACGGAAGUAGGUACUAGAGUUGGUACGAUUCAAGCAACUGAUCAAGAUAGUGGUGAAGAUGGCAAAGUUUACUACCUACUUAUAGGAUCCAGCAACGAUAAAGGAUUCAACAUAAAUGCGGAAACUGGUACGAUCAGGGUGUCACGAAAUCUGGAUAGGGAGACUCAAAGUAGAAUCGUAUUGACAGUCAUGGCAAAAAAUGCAGGUGGAAUACGUGGAAAUGAUACAGAUGAAGCUCAAGUAAUAAUAACUGUUCAAGAUGGCAAUGAUCCUCCAGAAUUUUUGCAAACAAUUUACGAAGCUGAAGUAUCUGAAGGUGUUAGCAUUGGCACAAAGUUGAUAUCUGUGAAAGCUGUAGACAAAGACGUACGAGCACAAAAUAAUCAAUUUAGUUAUUCUAUAAUCGGCGGAAAUAUCGAACAAGCCUUUAAAAUUGAUCCACAAACUGGAGAAAUCCAAACCUCUCGGAUAUUAGAUAGGGAAACCAUACCAACGUAUUCCAUUGUAAUUGGGGCAAUCGACACCGGAAUACCCCCGCAAACAGGAACAGCCCUAGUAAAAAUUCAAGUAACCGAUAUUAAUGAUAAUGGUCCUAUUUUUGAUCCACCGCCAGUAGGAUACGUACCAGAAAAUAAACCACCAAAUACAAAAGUCAUGGUACUCUCAGCUAAAGAUCCGGAUCUACCACCAAACGGUGCACCAUUUACUUAUAAACUAAUAGGCGGAAAACACAAAGACUUUGUAAGAAUCGACAAACAUUCUGGAAUAGUUGUUACCACAAAAGUGAUAGAUAGAGAAAUUACUCCCGAGCUAAAUAUAAUAGUUGAAGUAGAAGAUAGUGGUACACCCAGAUUGAAGUCUCAGCAUAUGGUUAAAAUUCAAGUGCAAGAUGAAAAUGAUAGUCCAUCUAGUUCCAGAUCCGUACACGUUCUAGUAUAUGUCUUCAACAACUCAUUUCCUCUCGGAAAAAUUGCAAAUGUUCAUCCUAAUGAUCCUGACUUGAUUGGUGAUUACAAAUGUAAAAUUUUACAACCUUCUUUACCUGGAGUAUUAACUAUUCCUUCAGGUUGUAACCUUCAUACUUCUAGAAUUACACCAGGACAAGGAUAUUCUUUAUCAGUCUCUGGAAAUGAUGGAAAACAUUCAGAUGUUGUUUCUACUGUUACUGUUGAAUUCUUAUCGUUUUCUAAUAAAACAGUUGAAAACUCAGUUACUAUAACUGUAUCGAAUAUUUCAGCUGAGACUUUUUUAACACACUAUUAUCGAGGUCUAGUUGAUACUCUCAAAAAUGUUUUAAAUGCUGAAGAGCGUCUCAUUUUGUAUGGUUUGCACGAAUAUGAAGGUCAUUUGGAGAUCACUUUAGCCAUCAAAAACAAUAAAGAAUAUAAAACUAGAUUACAAACCAUAGCAAAAGUUCAAAGUAAGAGAGAAACUAUGGCCAAUAUUUUCCAAACUAGAGAUAUAGUUAUUGGUUAUACACCAUGCAGCGAAAACACCUGUGAAAAUGGAGGAAUAUGUUUGGAAACAUUAACUGUCAAAAAGACCACAAUAAUAACAGAAAGUCAAAACAUUAUACUUACAUCACCACUCAUUGUUCACGAAUACAAAUGCCAAUGUGCAGAUGGAUUUACUGGCACCACCUGCAACAAACGACAAGAUCCGUGUUUACCUAAUCCUUGCAAAUACGGUGGUCAAUGUCGCAGGCAAGGUUUUAAUUUCCAUUGUAUAUGCCCACCUGGUAAGGACGGACGUCAGUGUGAAUCCCAAAAAGAUGACGCUUGUUUUGAGAACCCCUGUCAAAAUGGAGGAUCAUGUAGGGAAAGUCCAGAUGGAUCAUCCUUCUUCUGUCUUUGUAGAUCUGGCUACAAAGGGAAUCAGUGCGAAGUUCUUGCUGAUUCAUGUAGGCCUAAUCCUUGCCUACACGAUGGACUUUGCGUCAGUUUAAAACCUGGAUAUAAAUGCAGCUGCGUUGAUGGAAGAUACGGUCGACAUUGUGAAAAAUCAACAUUUGGUUUCAAAGAAUUGUCUUACAUGAGUUUCCCCUCACUAGAUUCUGCUACCAAUGAUAUAUCCUUUAUUUUCGCUACUACAAAACCAGAUGCAUUGCUUGUUUACAACUAUGGUUUACAAACUGGCGGAAGAAGCGAUUUUGUUGCUGUGGAAUUGGUGCACGGAAAGGCAGUAUUCUCGUUUGGAGGAGCUAGAACAGCAAUUACUUCGGUUAGCGUCGGAGGAAAGACGGACAAUUUAGCAGACGGCAAUUGGUACAAGAUAACAGCAACAAGAAAUGGAAGAGUUGUCUCUCUUAGCGUUGGCAGCUGUACCGAGCAAGGAGAUGUAUGUGAAGACUGUAGACCUGGAGACAGUUCCUGUUAUGCUGAUGAAAUAGGCCCUAGUGGGACUUUAAAUUUCAACAACCAACCACUGCUUAUUGGAGGGCUAAUCAGUGCAGAUCCAGUCCUAGAAAGACCAGGUCAAGUCCAUUCUGACGAUCUCGUGGGCUGCGUUCACAGUGUAUCCAUCAACGGGCGCCAACUUAACCUCAGCCAUCCCAUAUCUUCAGAAGGAAUAGAGAACAAAUGUAUCCAGCGUGGAUCCUGUCAGAAACCAACCAACGAUCCUUGCCUUGGGUUCGGGACUUGCAUUGACCGUUGGAACUCCAUCAGUUGCCAUUGCGGAUCCAACUUAAUAGCACCUAAUUGUCAUUCUGCUCUACAGCCUAUUAGCAUAAGUGACGGAGGUUUUGUGGAAUUCGUAAUCUCCAAAAAGCAUAGAAGAAUGCAGCUCUUGGACAACAUCUACAAAGGUUCUACGCUGUGGAGUCAUCAAAGAAGAGUACGAUCAGCUGUAAAUUUGGGCACUACAUCAGGAUCUAUUGGAAAAAGUAUCAGUAUUAUGUUCAGAACAGUGCAACAAAAUGGAAUCUUAUUCUAUGCUACAAGUAACAAAUAUUACACCUCAAUAGAAAUUACAAACGGCCAAGUUCUAUACAUCAGUAAAUUAUCUUCCAUGGUUAAUAUGACAGAUAUUCGUGUCAUUAAUGAUGGUGCUUGGCAUAAUCUUACGCUGUAUACUCACGGAAGAAGUAUUAGAAUAAUUUUGGAUGAUGAAAAGUUUGGUGAUGAACUUGAUACAGCCGGUGUUCACGACUUCUUAGAUCCAUACUUAACAUAUCUUUCUAUUGGAGGUGCUUCUCCAGAAUAUUACUACGCGCAUGACACUUCUCCACAUUUCUUUGAGGGUUGCUUGGUAAAUUUCACUGUAAAUAACGAAAUUCAACCUUUUAAUGGAUCAGGAACCAUAUUCUCGGAAGUAUAUUAUAAAGGAAGAGUAAUGAAAGAAUGCAAAGGUUCUAUUGGUGUUGGUGCAGCAGCAGCUCCUGAUCCUCUUAGUAUUGGAAUAACUCUAGUUAUUGUUUUCUUUGUCGUUUUACUUGUUGCCAUAUUAGUCUCUUUUGUAGCUUUCCGACUGAGAAAACAAUAUAAAGAAAAAGGUAGUGCUUCAAAUAGUUCUUCAGGUCUACAAACGAAACAAAAUGGAAACGGCACCAUGAUAGGAGCUAAUGGAAUCAAUGUAACAGCUGAUAAUGUUCUGAGUAGAGUAAUGCACGCUGCUGAAAAUUCAAUGUCGUAUCAUACAGAUGGAGAUGUUAUCAGAGGUAUAGGAGGUCAUCCGUUAGUUGGACCAGAAUUGUUGUCAAAGAAAUACAAAGAACGAGAUAUACUUCAAGGUGAAUUACCCCGACCACAACGACCAGAUAUUAUUGAAAGAGAAGUGAUGAACAAGGGUCCUCCUAUAAGAGAUGAACAUCACCCUCCUAUGCCACCUACCUCAAACCAUAAUCAUGAUCAUGUUCCUAACGAUUUAAAUUCGGAAUUGCCCGAACACUACGACUUAGAAAAUGCUAGUUCAAUAGCUCCCUCAGAUAUAGAUAUAGUUUAUCAUUAUAAAGGCUACAGAGAAGCCGGAGGUGUAAGAAAAUACAAAGCUACUCCUCCUCCCGUUGCAGGUUACCACCAUAAAGGUCCAGGCCAAGGCCAGCAUCGGCAUUCGCCUCACCAUCCAGCAGGUUUUCCCCCGAGGGCACCACCCGUUACUAGUCCUAAUGUCCGACCUCACCAAAGUACGCCCUUAGCAAGACUUAGUCCUAGCAGUGAAAUGAGUGCUCAACAACCUAGAAUAUUGACUUUACACGAUAUUAGUGGUAAACCUUUACAAAGUGCCUUAUUAGCAACUACCUCCAGUUCGGGAGGAGUCGGUAAAGACGUUCUGCAUAGUAAUAGUGAACGAAGUUUGAACAGCCCCGUUAUGUCCCAACUAAGCGGACAAAGUUCUAGUAGUAGAAAAGCGGCUGCGCCCCCUCCCGUUACCUCAUCUUCGCCUGGAAUGGGGCUCACCGCCGAAGAAAUAGAAAGACUGAAUUCCCGCCCUCGCACCUCUAGUUUAGUAUCCACCCUCGACGCGGUGUCGAGUUCCAGCGAAGCACCUCGCGGGGGUGGUAAUAAUCACUUGAACCAUUUACGCCAUUCACCAGUGCCAGAAACGCACCAUAGUAGUACCACUACCGAUGAAAGUGGUAACGAUAGUUUUACGUGUUCAGAAAUAGAGUACGAUAAUGCCAGCUUGACUGGCGACAAAUACAAACCAAGUGAAUCGGAGUCUAGACGAAAUGACUCUAGUUCGGGUAACAAAAGCAACAUACCACCACCUUCGUACGACGGGUUUGAUUCGUCGUAUCGAGGGUCAAUGAGUACUCUUGUGGCUUCGGAUGAUGAAAUAGGAGGUCCUAUGUACAGACCGGGAACGGGUUCGCCUCCUACGACCGCUUUGGGUUGGGACUAUCUACUCAAUUGGGGGCCCAAUUUCGAAAGCUUAGCGGGAGUGUUCAAAGACAUUGCAGAGUUACCGGAUUCUGUGAACGGUCGAGUGCCUUCCUCGUUACGUUUAACGAACGCUCCGAAACCGUCCGAAGAGUACGUUUAAAUUAAUUGUGGGUGCAAUUUAGCUAUAAAAAGACUUUUAAACGAAUUAUCAACCUUGUAUCAAGGAGAUAUUGUAAUUUUCUUGCCAUACUUUUGUAAUAUGUUAUUUGUAAAUUGUUUAAAUACUUUAAUUGCGACAUCUCAAAUACCUGUGUAAAUAUUUUUAUACUAAAGUCAACGAAUCUGAAUUUAUUUAAUAAUUAAAAACUAACUUUAAAAAUA